AUGCCAAAAGAUUUGCAAUUUCCAGAGAUGCAAGAAAUCAACUUCCAUGCAACAGACCAAUUGUCUGAGUUACUUGAUCGUCAGAAUAGCCAAGCCAUUGAAACUGCUGCUCGACUUACUGAGAAAAUUCCCAGUAAGGACAUCUUGUCGCUUCUUCUCCAACCACAGUCAACUGUCAGCGUCACUCCUUCACUGGGUUCAGCGAAUCAUGACAUAUUCAAUCUUGGUAUAGGCUAUCGAAAAAUUGGGUUUGGUCAGUGCGGCCUCGUUUUCUCCAAGCCUGGCACCACGACUGUGAUUAAAGUCUCACGUCCACAUUUUCACGAGGGCCUUUGGAAUGACUUUCUCUGUCACCUGCGCGUUUAUAGAGCAUUUAACAAGCAAACCAUUCAACCAGAAUGUCUUUUGCCGCUCGUAUAUACUUUUAUUUCUAAAACAGAUGCCACUUGGUGGGAUGCCAACAAACCUCUCUUCAUGGAGCGCAGCAGCACGUUUCCACUUCCAUCUAUGGGCCUUGUCACGCAGCGUAUUCCCCAGCUGCCACAAGUGCUCCGCCAUGCGUUGAUAGACAUCUACUGCCCAGAAAGUCUAAAAGAAGACGUUAUAUCAAAUCCUACCAAUAGAGACUGUCUUCUACGAAUAUACCUGGGUCGACGUCGUAACUCGAACGCUCCUCCGCCGCCAAAUUUCUCUCUCCGCAACUACAAUCUAUGCCUUGAUCAAAUGAUCGAUCUAGACCUCCCUGUGAAAAAAUAUGCUACUGAUAUUGCCGAAGCUCUCGCUAUUAUUCAUUGGGCUGCUCACGUGGACGCUUAUGACGUUGAAUUUGUUCUGGGAGGGGAGAUUGGCUCUGCGCAUACGCAGCAAGCCACUGAUAUCCUUUCACAACAAAUCCCUGUAUUAGAAGAAGCUGAACCCGGAUACUCCAACACUAUUCUCUUACCACAACGAACACAUAGAAUGUGGAUCCUUGAUUUCAACCUUUGCAAUCGUUGGUCAGAGAAAGCACUCUUGGAACGCCCGGAAGAUGUUAUCAGCCAACUAGUCCUUGCAUUCUUUGAAAACGAUCCAUACUAUCCACUUCCGGAAAUGGAUUCCGAAGUAGAUAAAGAUCUUUGGUCCACGUUCAGCAAAGAAUACCUGCGGAAAGCGAAUGAGGUUCUGAUGAAAAGCGUUUACUAUAUAGAGACUCGGCAUUUACCAGAAUACUUUAUCGAUCAGUGUGUAGCAAGAGAGCGGAAGAAUAUAGCUCUGGGCCUUGGACAUGGGCAUCGAGAUUUCAAAGGGUAG